AUGGAAGACGUGAUAUGCAAUGAGCGAUCUCGCGCCGUUGCACGUCGUACGAUCACCAGGUCAGACCUGGCGAAAUGGCCAUACAUCGCCACCAACGAUGCUGGUCUGUUGGAUGACGGGCAUGCCUUCAUCGGCACCACGGAAGCGAAGGCUCGUUCCGUGAAGCUGAAGCAUCUUGUCUUCGCCGGUUCUCAUUACCCAUCCAAAUAUUUGCGUCGCUAUACCCUAUCUGUGGAUGGCAAGCUGCUUGCGGGAUCUUUCAACGCUAGCGAUAUCCUCGUAUGGCGACUCUCCGAUGGUCUCUUGGUCCAACGCCUACAACAUCGGGGCCAUACGGAUAAUGUUAGAUCCCUAUCGUUUUCUCCCAAUAACCAGACCCUUGUCUCGGGAUCCAACGACAAGAACGCAAUUGUCUGGGACGUUCGAAGUGGUCAUGUGCUUCUGCGUCUGGAAGGACACAGCGGGCGAGUGACCAUAGUUACAUAUGCUCCUCAUGGCGCACUCAUCGUCACUGCUUCUGAAGAAGAUAAUUCCAUGAAGAUUUGGGAC